CCUCCUCUUCUCGUUAGGAAGGGUUUCCGGCCGAUCAUUGAUCUCUGCUGUUGGACGAAUGGCGCUCGCCAACGGCACCUCUUUCCUCCCUCGCCAGCAGCCACUCCCCGCCUCUGCUGACGCAGUCUUCCGCGCCUCCCUCCCGUCGCUCGUCCGCGCUGCCCCGCGGAGGAUCUCUCCCCGUCCGGUCUCCGCCGUCCACGCAGCGGAACCAGCCAAGAAUUCAAUCAAGACCAAGGAUGCGGUCCUGGCCGCCGAGGACAAACUCGGGAAAUGGUCGGUGGCGAGUUGGAGGACCAAGAAGGCGCUCCAGUUGCCGGAUUAUCCGGACAAGGUGGAGCUCGAGUCGGUUCUGAAGACGAUCGACAACUUCCCUCCGCUUGUGUUCGCUGGAGAGGCGCGCCACCUAGAGGAGCGGCUCACGGAUGCUGCGCUUGGCAAAGCGUUUCUACUGAUGGGAGGCGAUUGCGCGGAGAGUUUCAAAGAGUUCAACCCCAACAACAUUAGGGAUACCUUCCGGAUUCUCCUCCAGAUGGGCGCCGUUCUCAUGUUCGGCGGCCAGAUGCCCGUCAUCAAGGUGGGGAGAAUGGCCGGGCAGUUCGCCAAGCCUAGAUCGGAUCCAUUCGAGGAGAAGAAUGGGGUGAAACUUCCGAGUUACAGAGGGGACAACAUCAACGGCGAUUCAUUCGACGAGAAAUCAAGGAAUCCAGACCCUCAAAGGAUGAUCCGAGCCUACUGUCAGUCUGCGGCGACGCUCAACCUUCUCCGGGCGUUUGCCACCGGUGGCUAUGCUGCCAUGCAACGUGUAACCCAGUGGAACCUCGAUUUCACCGAGCACAGCGAGCAGGGUGACAAGUAUCAGGAAUUGGCCCACCGGGUGGACGAGGCGUUGGGGUUCAUGGCUGCCGCUGGGCUCACCAUGGACCACCCCAUCAUGACCACAACCGAAUUCUGGACCUCCCAUGAGUGCCUUCUCCUUCCCUAUGAGCAGUCCCUCACCCGUGAGGACUCCACUUCAGGUCUCUUCUACGAUUGCUCCGCCCACUUCCUCUGGGUGGGAGAGCGUACCCGGCAACUAGAUGGUGCACACGUUGAGUUCCUCCGUGGCGUUGCCAAUCCCCUCGGCAUCAAGGUGAGUGACAAGAUGGACCCCAAGGAACUAGUGAAGCUGAUUGAGAUCUUCAACCCCCAGAACAAGCCCGGGAGGAUCACCAUUAUAACAAGGAUGGGAGCAGAUAAAAUGAGGGUGAAGCUUCCUCAUCUGAUCCGGGCCGUCCGAGGAGCUGGUCAGAUUGUCACUUGGGUCAGUGAUCCCAUGCACGGGAACACCAUCAAGGCCCCUUGUGGACUCAAAACUCGACCUUUUGACUCAAUUCUGGCCGAGGUCCGGGCAUUCUUUGACGUCCAUGAGCAAGAAGGAAGCCACCCCGGAGGUGUGCACCUGGAGAUGACCGGGCAAAAUGUGACAGAAUGCAUCGGUGGGUCGCGCACUGUCACCUUCGACGACCUGUCUUCGCGCUACCACACCCACUGCGACCCCAGGCUGAAUGCUUCUCAGUCUCUCGAGCUGGCCUUUAUUAUUGCUGAGCGACUGCGGAAGAGAAGGAUUGCCACCAAAUCCUUCAAGCUGCACCAGCAGUUGGACUCUUGGCCCACCCUGUGACGUUGGACCACAGUAUGUUGGGAGGACUUAAAUGUAUAUUUUUUUUCGCUGGAGAUGUGGUCUCAUUAGGAGAUAUGAACUCGUUUACUACCCUAAGCAUUUGUGGUACUUAUCUAAGCCUAAAGUUAAGCUUCUUCUUGACGUGGAAAUAAAAGGAUGAAAGAUUGAUACUUAUUACUUAUUGGAAA